CAAGAAACUGCGCCAAAUCAACCAGUCACUAUGAAUUUCUAUCUCAGGUGCAAUUUACUCAAGUGUCGCACUCAACUGAGAGAGAGAGCAGUUGUCACGACCUCCCCUAGACACAUAUUCUGUCUUCACUGCGCAGGUAAACUCGACCUCUUGCAAUGUAUCUCCGGUGGCCGUCACUGUCCAGCUUGUCAAUCCACCCUCCUCAACCCAGACGACGCGGUCUCGACCAUCCUGAACCCAACAGAGAACUACAAAACCAGCAUGCUCAGUAGGCUCGAUCCGAAUACUAUAAUGGAGUGUGCAGGUCGGAAGUUGGUUUCCUGGGCAUAUCAGACGACUCAAGAGAUGUGUGUAGUUUCCACAGGGCUUGGUUUGAAUGAUAGCUUCUAUCAGGAGUUCCUUGGGAAAACGCUUACGGAGAAGUACACGACUCUGAAUACGCAGAUGGAUAAGGUGAUCCAAAAUGCCAAUUCUGAGGUCUCAAUUCUACAGGCCAGACUUUCAGAUAUGCAAGCGUCCCAAGAACAACUCCAAAAGAAGAACCAAGAGCUAUUCGAGAUGUACCGCGACAAAUCCAAAAAGUUCACCCAGAUCACAAACCUCUACAACCUCUUGAAGUCGCGAGCCAUGAAAUCUCAAAUGCAAACAGCUGCGUCGGACUCGGUAUCCCAAGCAUUGAACUCGCUUGGCUCACGGAACGAGGUGUCAACUUCAGCCUCGAACAGACCUAUGAGCAUGGCUCGGGACCCUCAGUCUCCGUCCUCUAAACAAUAUGGCAAUUACCUGGUCAAUCAAGAAGGGGUCGAGCAACUCCAUCCAUACCAACGGAGCGGCACUGGCAGUUCCAAUGGACGGAAAAAAGACGAUAUCGUGACGAUGCCACGCCAAGCCCGGUCGUAAACUUACCUAACGUACCCGCCGCAACACCUCAACAUCGAACACGUCUCCCAGGUCUAAAUUCCGUGCAUCCUUCAACAUUAUCGAGUCUACCACAAGACAGUGCAAUGUUUGAACGAUUUCAU